AUGGUUAGAAAAACAAGAAGCGAUAAAAAAGAUACAAUCUGUAAACGUUGUGGCCAUAAAUGCUCAACACCUCAAAAACUUCGUGAGCAUCUUAAGCGAAAAAAUCUAUAUAAACUAUUACAAAAUCAAAAAAAUAUAGCUUCUAUUCAAAUACCAAUUAAAGAGCCUAUUCAAGAGGAUAUCCAAGAACCUGUUCAAGUUGUUAAAACCACAAGUAAAGAUACUCCAUUCAAAAAUCCUGAUAUCGAAUGGAAUUAUCAAAAUAUGAAAAGAAAAUUGGGUAUUUUUAAAAACUUGCAACAGGAAUCAUACUAUAAUCCUGAGGAAUUUGAUAGAAAGCGCUUCUAUAUAGAAAUGAAAAAGGAGG